UUAUGGGCGAGUGACAGAGUUUGUGACAGUCAACACAUUGCGGGGGCGUGAUCCCAUGCACAGCAUCGCUAAAAAAGGAACAUUACUAGGCAAUAUCAGAGAAAUUUCCAGCAAGUUUUCCACUCGCGAACUGCCGACAAGACUACCCUGAGAGAAUUGGUAAUUUUUAACGGUGAGAGAUGGCGUGUUCUUUUGCAGGAUUAUGACCGUGUACUACACCAAGAAAAAACGACGGGCAGCUCAAGUUCAAGGCGACGACAGCUCGCAUAAAAAGGAGAGAAAGAUUUAUAAUGACGGUUAUGAUGAUGAUAACCAUGACUACAUCGUGAAAACCGGUGAGAAGUUCCUGGAUAGAUACGAAAUAGACUCACUGAUAGGCAAGGGCUCCUUUGGGCAGGUGGUAAAGGCGCUCGACCACGUGGAUCAGUGCCACGUCGCCAUAAAAAUCAUCAAGAACAAGAAGCCUUUCCUCAACCAAGCGCAGAUUGAGGUCAAGCUGCUUGAAAUGAUGAAUCGGGCGGAUAUUGAAAAUAAAUAUUAUAUAGUAAAAUUGAAAAGGCAUUUCAUGUGGCGGAACCACUUAUGUUUAGUGUUCGAGCUGCUAUCGUACAACCUGUACGACCUGUUGCGGAACACCAAUUUCCGCGGCGUGUCGCUGAAUCUCACCAGGAAGUUCGCUCAGCAACUUUGCACGGCACUCCUGUUCCUUAGCACGCCAGAACUGAACAUCAUUCACUGUGAUCUAAAGCCGGAAAACAUACUAUUGUGCAAUCCGAAGCGAUCGGCGAUCAAGAUUGUGGAUUUCGGUAGCUCUUGUCAGCUUGGACAAAGGAUAUACCAGUACAUCCAGUCGAGGUUCUACCGAUCGCCCGAAGUCCUCCUAGGCAUCCCGUACGAUUUGGCCAUCGACAUGUGGUCUUUGGGCUGCAUCCUGGUGGAGAUGCACACCGGAGAACCGCUGUUCAGCGGUGCGAACGAAAUCGACCAAAUGAACAAGAUCGUCGAAGUGUUGGGAAUGCCACCGAAGCAUCUGCUGGACCAGGCGAAUAAGACGAGGAAGUUUUUCGAGAAGAUGCCGGGAGAAAGAGGCGAUUACAGGUACGUCCUGAAGAAGUCGAAGGACGGCAAGAAAUAUAAACUUCCCGCAACGCGACGUCUCCACGACAUCCUGGGCGUGGAGUCGGGAGGUCCCGGAGGAAGAAGAGCCGGUGAAGCGGGCCACUCCAUGUCCGACUACCUCAAGUUUAAGGACCUCAUCCUGCGUAUGUUGGACUACGACCCCAAGACGAGGAUCACUCCCUACUACGCCCUGCAGCAUAACUUCUUCAAGCGGACCUCGGACGAGAGUACCAACACCGCGAGCAGUACCAGUUCUAGUCCAGCUGUCGCUUCGCUGGAUAUGGUGGCUAAUAGUUCUAGUAGUCAACACGGAUUGAACCUAGUCGGUCGUUCGCGCGCAGAUCUGACCGGGCACCCGUUCUCUGGCGGCGGCGGUGGCAGCAGCGCCUCAAGCGGAGGCGGCUACUCUGCGAUGGAGUGCGACCCGUCUCCGACCGCCGCUGUGCGACCGCCGGUACAGCACCGACCGCCCCCGCCGGCCGCCACGCGGUACCACCACCAGCCGCCCCCGCCAGUGCUCAACCACCACGCCGUCGUCGGACCGCCCUCCCUGCAGCAGUACUACCAGGAGGUGCCUGCCACCAACGGCCCCCAGGCGUCUGUCACGCGGCCGCCCCCGGAGGAUAACAGGGACAGCCCCAUGGUGGGAGUUUGCGUGCAGCAGAGCCCCGUGCUGGCGAUACACUGACAAGCAAUCAUCAGGAGGCAGGAGUGCGUAGGUCUCUUCGCAAAUAGCAUCCGAGUAUAUAAUGGUAGACUGAGCAGUCAGCAUUUUCAAGUCGCGUGUGUGUCCAGUUUGGGAAAUUACGGAAUUAUUUAAAUGUCUUGUUAUAAGGCGGGACAGAACACAUGGUUAAUUUUCCCAAGUACCUCAGAAGCGUAGCUUCCAAGAUACGCAAUUUUAUUCUUAGUUUUUACCUGUAUACAGGGUGCUCGGAUAGUUUGAAAUGACAAGAGUCAUCGCGAUAGUAUCUAGAGAGGCGCUACUAAAAUCUCUUCCGGCUAUACGAAACGGUGUCAAGAAGCAAAGCCAGUGAGGACACAUAUAUAUUAAUUUUAUAAUUAUAAUUGGUUAUGAAAAUCUUAGUUCGGUCCUGCAUAUUGUCUUUACGAUACGGGUACACUAACCGGUGAGCGCAUCAUCAGAGGACGAGACAUUAUAUUUUUUUGCAAUAGGAAUAAAAAUAAUAUACGAAAAAGAAACAUUUCCAGAGAUUUGCGGAACUUGAAUACCGGUCCCUUUGGUAGCUUUGUACGAUAAAAAUCUUGCGCUGACCCCGUGAUAGAAGACGUCCUGUCGUAUCCUCUAGAGAUUCUAUAUCCGUGGAUGAAGAAAUUAACAUUAACAUCUAAAAAUCAACUUGCUCUUAUAGUGGCCUUGUAAGGAUCAUGGUCAAGAGCAGCACCUCCCACCACUUUCCUACAAGGUGUUUGAAUGAAUACUUCUCUCAGUAAAUCGAUUUGAGAACCACAAUAGGCAUAUUCACCUUUUUUUUAAAAUCGGCCAAACUUAAUCCCCCUAUUUCUCAGAUACUAAUCAUAGGGUUGUUCUGGACCCAUGAGAACUUUAGUUCAGGAACGCGAGAAAUAUAUUAUACUGAAUUUUAGGCAAAUCAUGGCUGGGAGCCAUUUACCAUAUGGGCUACUUUCAAGUCCAUAAUACUACUAAAUACCAUUCGAAAGGGUCACAAAUUUCUACGUUUUUAACGUUCGGAGUUGUCUAAGCCCUCCUCCACCUAGACAUUCCUGCAAACAGGUUCUUUGUACGAAAUACUCGGAAUGGAAUGGAAAUUAGCCGAAAAACGAUCCGUAUACACUCGUGAAGCCUCAACAAUGUCUCAAACUAACGUAAUAUCGACAAGUUCCUUAUUACAAAGUAGUGUGGAAUUUUCGGUUUUUCGAUAUUCACUCUGUAAACAAACAGCUAGGUUUGUCUACACGAUGGGCUGAGCACCGAAGCGCCUAUAGGAUCCAUUUCCCGACGCCUCAAAACGAUAGUAGAGUAGUGCUUUCUAGUUAUCUUUAAUUAAAAUAAUAACUUUUACCGUUGAUUUUAAAUCGUUGAUUCGUGGCAUUACGUAGAUUUUACUAUUUAUUACUAUUUAUUCAUCGUAGCGUUUUAACAUCCUUAAGAUGCUUUCCACUUGGGUGAUCUUUCCACUUUUAGAAAUUGUUUUGCAUGAUCUUUUUAAGACGUUUUCGUAAAAAUGCCUAUUUUAAACAUACCGAUUCAUUUCUGAAACUCGCCAGACUCGUCCAGACUUUCCUCGUAAAGUUGGUAGACGACAAGAUGCUAUCAGGACCACAGACACGCGAGGAGGUAUGGAAAAUCGUACUGUGCUCCUGCUCUAAGAUAAGAACGAAAUUCAAACCUAUGGAACCGAUACCUCUUGUCGUUCCUGCGAUCCUGAUACAGAUCUCUAAGUUUCUGAAAAUCGCACUGUCGUCCAGACUUUCCUUGUAAAAUUGGAAGGCGAGCUUAUGAGGGGGAUCAAACAUGUGGUUCUGCCUGUACUAUGAAAGUCAAUCUAUAAUUCCUGCAAAUAUUUGUGUAUUCUGGAGAUGCUGUUUGUUCGGACUACCCGUACGAAAUCACAAAACGAACAUAGAUGGUCAAAAGUAUGAUGUUGUAGUCAGUCUGAAGUACAGUUGAUUCUAGGUGACUAUGGAUGAUCCACAGUCUUAGCCAAAGUUCAAACAACGUGACUCUAGCAUGUUAAAGAAGUGACCAAAAACGUAUUUGUCUAAUAAAAAAAUAGCCAGAAAAAUUAGAAAACCCAGUACUAUUUUAACUCGCCUGCAUGGAACGUCAGUUUUCAACUGGCAAAGAAAACCCUGAGAAAAAAAGUUCAAAGCUGGACAACUUUUAUUUGUAUUGAAAUUUGAUGAGGUAUGUCCAUACUAUUGAUCAUAAAUUCAAAUUUCAAGAAUAUUCCGAACCCUCUGUCAAUCCACUUCGGUCUUACGGUUAACUGUACUCUGGAUUUUGUCUACUACACAUACUUCUUCGUGUAGCCCAGUCAUAUUUUUGGAAAGGGCUUAACAAAAGUAUGUUGUAGUUUGAAGGUGGACAUAUUAAAGUGUGAAUCCACAUAGUUGAUUUGAAGUCACUAACAUUUUGGCUGCAUUGAAAACUUAACAUAUAUUACCUGGAGAUUGAACUGUUGUUUGUGCAUCUACAAACUAGAGCAAACGCAUACCUUUUAAACAUUAUAUUGCAAAGCAGAAAGAAUGGUACAGCUGACAUCGCUAUUUGUAUCUAUCUGGCUAACACCCGAGUUUAUACACACUCCAGGCCAAUUUUUACGAUGCUGGCCGUAAUAUGGCAGGCCUUCCUUCUCAAUAAUACCACUCAAAUAAUAUGGAGCGUAAUUUUGACAUUUUAAAUCGAUAUGAGUGUAAAAUUAAAUACAAUCUUCGUUUCAAGCCCCUAUGAGAAACUGAUGGGAGCAUUCUUAACAUUCAUGUUUGUGGUGUACAUAUCGCUGUUUCUCAAGAAAGUUCAAAAAAGCUUUUUUAACAUUUUUUGAAGAACAAUUUCGGAUAACUGAAGAAAAAGUUAAUAAUUUGGAUUUAGAAAAAUUAUCAAUCAAAUUGUUUAUUGAACUUUUAGAUUGAUUGAAUAAAAGAUCAGUAUGUUUUCAAAAACAUCCCAUUUUAUUACUUUUUUGCAACUUUACAGGAAUAUGUCAUUAUUCCUAAAAAAAUAAUGCAUUUCUAAAAAAUAUAAUACAAAUAAUUCGUGGUUACAGAACAAAAAGGGAAAACAUAUUUUAGUAUUACUACCUACGAUACACAUCUAGCAACAUUUAACAGGCUACGUGGAACUAAAAAAUCAAAGGUAUGUUCAGAAAAAAAACAAGUGCAAUACAAAACUUGGUUACAAAUCAUUGUAAAAUCCCCCAUAGUAUGAGGGUUUUAUAUAUUUUUUUUACUAAACUAAGUAAGGCGCUUGUCUUUUUCUCGGAAAUGGGAAUCUUACGUUUGUAUGCUUUAUUCAGAUUAAAUCUAGCACCUCUUUUUGUUGCUUCGUUUUUCUUAGAUCUUUUUUAAGAUUUUUUAUCUACCUCAACUUUACGAAAAUCAGUCACACUGUAUGAGUUUUUGUAGAAAAAUGUUCCAGAAUGUUGAUUUUCUACCCUUAUUAUUUUAACAUCGGAUAGUUUGAAUGACUCAUUUUCCGAAUUUUUAUGUUGUAGGAAGGUAGUCACAAUGCACUUUAUGUCACUAUUCUUGUGUAACACGAUCGGUUAUUUGGGUACUUUGUUCUAAUAUGACGUUAUUUUUGAGAAAAAUGUAAGUAUUCGCUUUGAAAGUGAAGCCGCAACUGCAAUAUCACAUUAUUCAUGACAGAACCCUAAAACAUUCGAUAUUAAGCAACAACGACACUAGCGUCAUCUCUGGCGAACACUUUGAAACAAUUGCAAAUGUCUUUAUUCCUGAUAAAAUAGUCAACAUUUAGAGUGGAUCUGCAGUUUUAACUAAUUCUUCUCGUUUUUUUGGAUAAUGUCACUCUUGAGAAGCAGCGAUGUGAUCUGAUUUGUUCUCUGAUUUUCCUUGGAUAUUUUCCAGGACGAAAUUUAGUCGCUUUUUUUUCAAAUCAUGCAGCAUUGCAUCUUAACUGUCUAGAUUUUUUUAGGGGCGCAACUGUGUACAUAAUUUUAAUUGUAGGUUUUUAUACAUUGUUGUCCACAGAUGUAGAAUUUUUGAUGAUACUGAUUUUUUGCAUUGGAUAAGUGAUGUUAGUAAUGUGGAUUAUUGAUAAGGAAAGGCUUGUUCCCUGAGCAUGGUGGUGUUUUGGCGAAACGAGCGAUCAUUACUGUGAUUCAUUAAUAUUCUAACAUACAUCUGAACUACGGAUUCGACCAUGGCGUUAGGUCUAAGGAGACGAUAGAAAUACUGCAAAGCCUUGUUUUUAUCAUAUGUAAUUUUACAGAUCAUCAUCUGAAAUAUCGUAUUCGAUUUCAAAAAAAAAUAUCCUGUUCUGAACGGGUAUUAUUUUAUUUUAAAAUGUCUGAAAAGAAGCGUUAAGAUUUUCAUAACUUAUUAUACAUACAGUAGUGAUAGUUAUUGCUAAAUAAUUAGUUAACUUUGAUUACUUUACAAAUGUUUUAUAUGAAACAGCUACGUAAUCAAGUGUUCUUAUAUAAUAC